GACGCCCCCAGCGGCGUGCGCUCGGGGAAGGCUGCGGGGGCCCACACGGUGGUGGUGCCCGAGGCGUGGGUCGAGGGGGAUCCAGAAGCAGAGGAGGUCUUCAGCAUGGCCGACGACCGGGUCCGCUCGCUGGCGGACUUCGAUGACGGCGCCUUGUUGGGGCCGGCGGCGCCGCUGCUGCUGGCGUGCGGGAACCCCACGGUCGACCUCUCGUGCGAGGUGGACGCGGACGAGCUCUCGGCCCUCGGGCUGGAUCCUGGCGGCGAGUGGCACGCCGGCCUGGGCGACGACGCCAAGGCCAAGAUCGUCGCCUUCGCGCGGUCCAAGGCCGGCGUGGCCGCCUCGCCCGGCGGCGCGGCGCUGAACACCGCCCGCGUCGCAGCCCUGGGCGGCGGAGCCGCUGUGCGGGUCGCCUUCCUCGGCGCCGUGGGCGCCGACGCACACGGGGAGCUGCUGCGGUGCGCGGCGCGGGAGGCUGGCGUCGCGGCUCUGUUGAAGGAGGUGCCUGGGGAGGACACGGGCGUGGUGGCCGUGCUCGUGGAGCGCCGCUCGCGCGACCGCGCCCUGGCGGCGGUGCGUGGAGCGUCCGCGGCGCCCUGGCCCGUCGUCGUCGUCGUCGUCGCCGCCGUUUCCGGGCAAGCGGGCUUGACAGCUUACGUGAUGACAUCACAGCCGCGAAUUGCAGCUGUUGAGGAGCUCUGCGCGCGGGCGCGCAGGAGCGGCGGGGCCGUGGCGGUGAACCUGGCGUCGGCAGGGGUGCUACCCCGUGCCAGAGAAACCCUGCUCAGGGUCCUGCCGGGAUGCCGGCUCGCGUUCGGCAACUUGGCCGAGCUCUCCGCUUUCUGCUCGCUGAAGGGGUGGCCGCGGCAGCCCGAGGAGGCCGCGUCGUCGCCGCAGGGGGCGGCGCUCGCCUGGGCCCUCGUGGCGGCGCCCCGCCUGGCCGCGGAGCUCGCAGAGGACGGCGUCGCGGUGAUCACGGCUGGCGCGGGCGCCACGGUCGUCGCCGAACGCGGCGCGGCUCCGCGCAGCUUCGCGGUCCCCGAGCUUACUGCGGCCAGCGUCGCCGACACCAACGGCGCCGGCGACGCCUUCGCCGGGGGCUUUCUCGCGCGGCUGCUCGCGGGGGGGUGCGGCUUGGAG